UUCCGGCCUUGGCAGUUGGAGCGGGAGACGGGCGAGCUUGAGGCCUGGAGGUGUCGGCUCGAAGUUGGAAGAACGCGAUUUUGAACCGUGUCAGUAGGAUUCCCGGGUGAUGUCGGUGUCGCUGCGCAUCUGGUCCGAGCGCGUACAAGGGAUCUCGGGCUGGCGUCUUACAUUCUGUGAAAGAAAUGAACGGCCCGCAUUAUGACUGGGAACGUAGUGAGGAAAUCGGAGCACGCUGGGCCAAGUUGUCCUUAGUGGAGGAACACGUGUGAGCCGUAAACGAAAUGUCCGAGUUUGUAUGUGGCCGCCGGAGAGCUGCACUUAGAUAUUGGGCAGCAGUUCCGUGCAGGAAGGCUUGUCGUCCAGCCCGCUGGGCCUACCACAGUGACAUCAACCAAGCUUUCUUCAGCGUCUCCUUUAGGUAUCAAGACUUUGCUGCAUGCCAGGCCUCUGUAGGAAGGUCCCCCGUUUAGCUGCCUCUGCUGGUGCUCCUUCUCUUUUCCUGCAUUCCUUCAUGCAAUGACCACGCAACUGCUUCUGUGAUGUAUGCCCCAGAGUGCAAGGCGGAGGUGACUCCUUCACACAAUGGCAGUCGCACCUUCAGCUACACCCUGGAGGAUCACACCAAACAAGCUUUCAAUAUUAUGAAUCAGUUGCGCCUAAGUCAGCAACUUUGUGAUGUCACCUUGCGGGUCAAAUAUAAGGACAUUCCCCCGGCCGACUUUCAGGCCCACAAGGUGGUGCUGGCCUCCUCCAGUCCAGUCUUCAAGGCCAUGUUCACCAUGGGCCUCCGGGAGCAGGGUAUGGAGAUAAUCCCCAUUGAGGGCAUCCACCCCAAAGUAAUGGAGCGCCUCAUUGAAUUUGCCUACACCGCCUCCAUUUCCGUGGGUGAGCAGUGUGUGCUGCAUGUUAUGAAUGGGGCCGUCAUGUACCAGAUAGACAGUGUGGUGAAGGCCUGCUGUGACUUUUUGGUGCAGCAGCUGGACCCCAGCAAUGCCAUUGGCAUCGCCAACUUCGCUGAACAGAUUGGCUGUACUGAACUGCACCAGCGGGCACGGGAAUAUAUCUACAUGCAUUUUGGAGAGGUGUCGAAACAGGAAGAGUUCUUCAACCUUUCACAUUGCCAGCUGGUGACCCUGAUCAGCCGGGAUGAGCUGAAUGUGCGCUGUGAGUCAGAAGUCUUCCAUGCUUGCAUUAACUGGGUGAAAUAUGACUGUGAGAACCGGCGACUCUAUGUCCAGGCCUUGCUGAAAGCUGUGCGCUGUCAUUCCCUCACACCACACUUUCUCCAAAUGCAGCUCCAGAAGUGCGAAAUCCUCAAGUCGGACUCCCGUUGCAAGGACUACUUGGCCAAGAUCUUCCAGGAUCUCACCCUGCAUAAACCCACUAAUGACAUACCCUGCCGUGCACCCAAGGUGGGUCAGCUGAUCUACACGGCAGGGGGCUACUUUCGCCACUCCCUGAGCUACCUGGAGGCUUACAAUCCUUCUGAUGGCUCCUGGAUCCGAUUGGCUGACCUGCAGGUGCCUCGCAGCGGCUUGGCUGGCUGCGUAGUGAGCGGACUGUUCUACGCGGUGGGGGGGAGGAACAACUCUCCUGAUGGCAACAUGGACUCAGAUGCCAUUGACUGCUAUAACCCCAUGACCAAUCGAUGGUCUCCCUGUGCCCCUAUGAGUGUGGCUCGUAACCGAAUUGGUGUGGGAGUAAUUGAUGGUAUGAUCUACGCGGUGGGCGGCUCAUUUGGGAGCACUCAUCACAACAGCGUGGAGAGGUACGAGCCGGAGCGUGAUGAAUGGCAGUCAGUGGCUCCUAUGCUGACGCGGCGGAUUGGGGUCGGCGUGGCUGUGCUGAACCGUCUCCUGUAUGCUGUGGGGGGCUAUGAUGGCACUAACCGCCACAACACUGCCGAAUGCUACUAUCCAGAGCGUGAUGAAUGGGAAGCGAUUGCGUCAAUGAAAACUAUCCGGAGUGGAGCAGGCGUUUGUGCUCUGAAUAACUGCAUAUAUGCCAUGGGGGGCUAUGAUGGAACAAACCAACUGAACAGUGUGGAGCGCUAUGAUGUGGAGGUGGGCACCUGGUCCUUUGUUGCACCCAUGAAGCACCGUCGGAGUGCCCUCGGGGUCACUGUAUAUCAAGGCAAGAUCUAUGUGCUAGGUGGCUAUGAUGGACAAACGUUUCUGGACAGCGUUGAAUGUUAUGACUCCGCCACAGAUACCUGGACUGAAGUAACUUGUAUGACAUCAGGCCGCAGUGGGGUAGGCGUUGCCAUUACCAUGGAGCCAUGCUGCAAGCAAACUGAGCAGCAAAAAUGCCAUUGUUAAUGGUAGCAUGGAAUGUGUUCCACUUCCCUUCAAAUGGAAGGGGAAAACAAAUUGGAGAAGAUUCAGUAUUAUGAAAUACCUGUUGCCAAGUUAUAUUCUGCCAGAAUAAAGGAAAAGUGCCAAAAAGAUGAGAAACACUUUAAAUCCCAUUUGAACCAGCCUUGAGGCAACAAUGAAGAACAGAUCAUGCUCUGUACUUUACAAGGAUAGCUACAGCAAAUCUGUGGUUGCCUCUCCAUGCUGCUCCUGCCUCAAUUUGGGAUAAAUGCAUCAGUGAAGAAGGAAACCUCUGGGACAAUUACAGGAGAGCUCGACUCGCACUGGGCGUCUCUUUUCUGGCCCUAGCAGGGAAUGGACCUUCAGGAAAUGACUUCCAAAUCAGGAUGGGUGGAAGUAUUUUGUACAUAGUGCAGCCCUGAGCCCUCCUUAGAAAUGUGUAUUAUAGUUUGACGACCAGUUCAAGGUUAAUUUUUUGCUUGUCAAGUUUGUCCAUGUGCAGGUGAGGAAAGGGGAAAAGUUGUGGGACACACUCUUCUGUGACUGCUGAUCUGCAGGUACGUUGCAUUCAGAAAGUAUUUAGACUUUCUUCAUUUUUGUCAAUUUUGUUACGCUGCAGCCCGAUUCUAAUUAAUAAUUUUUUCUCAUUAAUCUACACUCAAUAUCCCACAAUGACAAAGUGAAAUUGAAAACAAUUUUAAAUGUUUGCAAAUGUAUUAAAAAGAAAAAACUGAAACAUCACAUUGGCGUAAGUACUGAGACCCUUUACUCACCUUGUUUAAGCACCUUUGGCAGCAAUUACAGCCUCGUCUUUUUGGGUAUGACGCAACAUGCUUUGCAAACCUGGAUUGGGGGAUUUUCUGCCAUUCUUCCUUGCAUUCUUCCUUCAAGCUCAGUCAAGUUGGAUGGCAACCAUUAGUGGACAGCCAUUUUCGGGUCCUUCCAGAAAUGUUAAAUAGGGUUCAAGACAGGGCUCUGGCUCGGCCACUCUAGGACAUUCACAGAGUUGUCCAUAAGCCACUCCUGUGUUGUCUUGGCUGUGUGCUUAGGAUCAUUACGUUGGAAAGUGAACCUUCGGCCCAGUCUGAGGUCCUGAGCGCUGUGGAACAGGUUUUCAUUGAGGAUAGCCCUGUACUUUGCUCCAUUCAGCUUUCCCUCAACCCUGAUCAAGCUGUAGGAACAUGUCAGCAACCAUCAAGAGAAAUGGGAGGCACCAGAGCUAAAUUUCAAGUGUUGUUGCCAAGAGUCUGAAUACAUAUGCCAAUGUGAUAUUUCAGUUCUUUUCUUUUUAAUAAAUUUCAGAUAUUUCUAAAAUUCUACUUUCACUUUGUUGUUAUAGGGUACUGAGUAUAGAUUAAUGAGAAAAAUGAAUUUCAACAACUAUAAUUAGGCUGCAGCAUAACAAAAUUGACAAAAGUGAAGGAUCUAAAUACUUUCUGAAUGCACUGUAAGUGAACACUGAUCACUACAACUUGAAAACCUCAGGUGGACCUUUGCCUAUGCUGCUUUUCUAUUCCACAAGGAAGGGCUUACCCAGAUGGCUAACUGCGUUUUUUUCCCCUUACCUGUGGGUGGUACAUCCUCUUAGGAAACUGGUUUUGAGAUUCUUCUCACAUGAAUAAAACACUUUUUGUGAUUAGUAUUAA